AUUAAUGACGUUGUAAAUCCAACCCCCUUGUCAACACACAGCUAUAAGGAGGGUCACAGAACUUUACCACAAUCACUGUGCAAGAUACAAACAAGGUGAAGAUCAUGGCAAGCACUACCUUAUGCAAGGCUGGCCCAAUGAUGUCUCCAAACCUGCAGAAAGGAUCACAUUUAGUGGAGUCUAAACCAGCAAAAUGUUCUUUUUCCAUCGAACGCAUUUUAGGUUUGGAAACUAAAAAGACUUUUACUUCAAGCCUCGGUAAACAUCAUAGGCCUUGGAUGGAUCAAAGCAACAUUAGAGCUCCAGUGGCUGCUGAUAACCAAUGCUGGAAACUCCCUGUGAUGUCCUACAAUCUACCAAUACAAGUUGGCACAGUACGUCAUUUACUGGAAAAAGAAAGUGCUGCCAUAUACGAUAAAUGCUGUAAUGGCGGCGAACGGCUGACGUACAAGAGAGAACUGAGUUGGUACAGGGGCAGAAGACCAAGAACUGCUUUUACUAGAAACCAAAUCGAAAUUCUUGAGAACGUCUUCAGAGUAAACUCCUACCCAGGAAUUGAUGUUAGAGAAGAACUUGCCAAUAAAUUAUCAUUGGAUGAAGACAGAAUACAGAUCUGGUUUCAAAAUCGCCGUGCAAAGCUUAAAAGAUCUCAUCGCGAGUCACAGUUCCUAAUGGUUAAAGACACGUUACCAGCUAACAUUCAAGAAUAAGAACAUUCCCUUGCACGUUUUACUUUGCCAAACUGUAAACCAAUGGAUUUAUUAAAUAUAUGUAUAUAGAAAAAACCUAAUCUAAUAUUUCGGAAUCAUCCAAUAUGCUUAAAAGAGUAC